AACCAUACCACCUGCUGGCCCCCGUUUUCAUAACUUUUAAUCAAGAGGUGACAUAUUAAUAAUAAUAAAUUCCUGUUACUUUUCAGAGCCUUUUAUUCAGUGACGGGCUGGGCUCUAUACUGAUCUCGAAAGGUCUCUACCUCUCUGUUCUUUUCAAUGAAUGCAAGUAGGGUUAGCUAGCUAUGUUUGCAAGCAGCGUUUCGAAAUGCUUCAUUAAAUAAACUGAUAUUAAGCACAUUUUAAAAUACACACAUCUUCAUGGGAUCAAGCGAGAGAGAAACGGCGGCAGGAGGCAGCUUCAGGUCCCCGACGGAAGUUGCUAUGACGACCACUAGGCCUUCCCAUUGGCCGCCGCCGAGCACAUUGUGGUCGCCGUCGGCGGAUUUCAUUGGUUACCGCCCACCGCAGCCCCGACCUGUCGAGCGCCUCCCGUGAAGUGUCGCAAAACCGAAGCAGGCGGGAGGCCCGACUGCGAGCGUUGAAACCGAGGCGUGGCCGCGAUGGCGAGCGCUUCUUGGGCCGAGAUUCGUGAGAAAUUCCAGGCGGCGCUGGCUCUGUCGCGGGUGGAACUGCAAAAGAACCCGGAGAAAGAACCAUACAAGUCCAAGUACAGCGCCCGAGCGCUGCUCGAAGAGGUCAGGGCACUGCUCGGCCCGGCGCUUGAGGACGAGGAUGAGCCGCCUGAGGCCGACGACGGCCCGGGCGUGGGGGACCACGCCCUGGGGGUGCCGACCGAAGUGGUGGAGGCCGAGGGGCCGGUCGCUCAGCGCGCCGUGAGGCUGGCGGUCAUUGAGUUCCACCUGGGGGUGAACCACAUCGACACGGAGGAGAUGUCGGCGGGGGAGGAGCACCUGGUGAAAUGCCUGCGGCUCCGGCUCUCGCAUGACUGCGUCUCCCUGUACAUCCAGGCGCAGAAUAACCUGGGUAUCUUGUGGUCUGAAAGAGAAGAAAUUGAAACUGCACAGGCUUACCUAGAAUCAUCAGAAGCACUGUAUAAUCAGUAUAUGAAAGAGAUUGGGAGUCCUCCUCUUGAUCCUACUGAGCAUUUUCUUUCUGAAGAAGAGAAACUUACUGAACAAGAAAGAUCCAAAAGAUUUGAGAAAGUUUAUACGCAUAACCUGUAUUACCUGGCUCAAGUCUACCAGCACAUGGAAAUGUUUGAGAAGGCUGCCCAUUACUGUCACAGUACACUGAAACGCCAGCUUGAGCACAAUGCCUACCAGCCUAUAGAGUGGGCUAUUAAUGCUGCCACCCUGUCUCAAUUCUACAUCAAUAAACUAUGCUUUAUGGAGGCCAGGCACUGUUUAUCAGCUGCUAAUGUCAUUUUUGGCCAAACUGGAAAGAUUCUAGCCACAGAAGAUGCUCCCGAAGCUGAAGGAGAUGUGCCGGAGCUUUAUCAUCAAAGAAAAGGAGAAAUAGCAAGAUGCUGGAUCAAAUACUGCUUGACUCUCAUGCAGAAUGCCCAGUUGUCCAUGCAGGACAACAUAGGAGAGCUUGAUUUCGAUAAACAGUCUGAACUUAGAGCUUUAAGGAAAAAAGAACUAGAUGAAGAAGAGAGCAUGAGGAAAAAGGCUGUACAGUUUGGAACCGGGGAACUGUGUGAUGCCAUUUCUGCAGUGGAAGAGAAAGUGAGCUAUUUGAAACCUUUAGAUUUUGAAGAAGCCCGAGAACUUUUCUUAUUGGGUCAGCACUAUGUCUUUGAGGCGAAAGAGUUCUUUCAGAUUGAUGGUUAUGUCACUGACCACAUUGAAGUUGUCCAGGACCACAGUGCUCUGUUUAAGGUGCUCGCGUUCUUUGAGACGGACAUGGAAAGGCGGUGCAAGAUGCACAAACGCAGAAUAGCCAUGCUGGAACCCCUGAUUGCAGAUCUGAACCCACAGUACUAUCUGCUGGUCAACAGACAGAUUCAGUUUGAAAUUGCACAUGCUUACUAUGACAUGAUGGAUUUGAAGGUUGCUAUUGCUGACAGGCUAAGGGAUCCUGAUUCACACAUCGUAAAAAAAAUAAAUAAUCUUAACAAGUCAGCAUUAAAGUACUAUCAGCUCUUCUUAGACUCCCUGAGAGACCCAAAUAAAGUGUUUCCUGAGCACAUAGGGGAAGAUGUUCUUCGUCCUGCCAUGUUAGCUAAAUUUCGAGUUGCCCGUCUUUAUGGCAAAAUCAUCACUGCAGAUCCCAAGAAAGAGCUAGAAAAUUUGGCGACAUCAUUGGAACAUUACAAAUUUAUCGUUGAUUACUGUGAAAAGCACCCUGAGGCUGCCCAGGAAAUAGAAGUUGAGCUAGAACUUAGUAAAGAGAUGGUUAGUCUUCUGCCGACAAAAAUGGAGAGAUUCAGAACAAAGAUGGCCCUGACUUAAUCCUUGUUUUUAAAAGAAGGAACUAUGUAACAUCAAGGUGACCUUUUUCCCUUAGUCACAUAGACCCUUGUGAUAUUUACCUAGAUAGCAAGUGUAGUUUGAACUUGAGAUACAGUUCAACUGAGUCUUUGCUAGGAUCUUAAUAAAAAUAAAAUAAAUUAAUUAAUACCUAAGUAUGUAAAUUGCUUUGUUAAAGUGACAUGUGAUUUGUGUUUUAGAUUGCUCAUUUCCUAUUUAAAUAUAAACCUUUCCUACGUCAGUUUCUAAAUGUAGACUCUGUUGGCUAGCAUGGUAGUAUCCCCAUAUCCAUGGAGGAUACAUUCCAGGAUCCCAGUGGGUGUCUGAAACAGCAGGCAGUACUGAACCCUGUAUAUACCAUGUUUUUUUUUAUUCUGAUAACCAAGGUGUCUGCUAAGUGACUGACAGGUAGCUAGCAUAUACAGCACAGAUAUGCUAGACAAAGGGAUGACUCGUGUCCCAGGCAGGAUGAAGCGGAACUGCACGAGAGUCAUCACACUACCCAGAGUGGCAUGCAGUUUAAAACAUAUCGAUAACAUAUUCUAUGGAAUUUUUUCUUUUAAUAUUAUUGUACUGUGGUAACCACAGAAAAUGAAAACACGGAAAAGGGGAGACUAUGGUACUUGAUAGAUUCCUUAUAAGAAAAAAGACUGGGUAAAAAUAUACCUAUGAGAGAGUGUAUUACUAUAUUAAAAUUUGAAAAAGUGGGGCCAGCAGGUGGCAUGGUGGCUAAAGGCACUGGAUUCCCACAUGGCCAACCACGGUUCGAGUCCUGGACCUGGUGG